AAGAGUUACGGAAGUUGAGCUGGUCUGGAAUCCCUAAGCCGGUUCGUCCAAUUACAUGGAAGCUUCUCUCGGGUUACCUUCCUGCCAACGUUGACCGAAGACCAGCCACUCUCCAGAGAAAACAAAAAGAAUAUUUUGCUUUUAUUGAGCACUAUUAUGAUUCUAGGAAUGAUGAAGUUCACCAGGAUACAUACAGACAGAUCCGCAUAGACAUCCCUCGAAUGAGCCCCGAAGCACUGAUACUUCAGGCCAAGGUGACUGAGAUUUUUGAAAGAAUCUUGUUUAUAUGGGCGAUUCGUCACCCUGCCAGUGGGUAUGUUCAGGGGAUAAACGACCUCGUCACUCCGUUCUUUGUGGUCUUCAUUUGUGAAUAUAUAGAGGAGGAGGACGUGGACGCCGUGGAUAUCUCCCGCGUGCCUGCAGAGGUGCUGCGUGACAUUGAGGCUGACACCUACUGGUGCAUGAGCAAGCUGCUGGACGGCAUCCAGGACAAUUACACCUUUGCCCAGCCUGGGAUUCAGAUGAAGGUGAAGAUAUUAGAAGAGCUUGUGAGCCGGAUUGAUG